UUAUUACAUAGGAUAUCCCAUCUAAUGUAUUGCAAAGUAUUCUUAUCAAAACACGUAUGAAAAAGUUUUUUAUUUCAUUCCCCCAUCCCUCCCCCUCCCCUCCCCCGGCGCCUAUGAAGAAGACAAAAGAGAGAUUAGAUGUUCUUAUUCUUUUUUCUCUUUUUUUUUAACUAAUCAUAAUAUUGCAAAAAAAAUAAUUAAUUCUUCGUAUAAUUAUUUUUUACUCUGAAGAAUAAUCUAGAAAUAGAGACGAAUAUGAAGUUUUCCUUUUUUUCUUUUCAUUUUUAUUUUUAAUUAUGACGUUACAUAAUUGUACAUAAUUACGAUUAAUCCUUAAUAUAUAAACUAAAAAUAAUAAUAUAUAAACUAAAAUUUCGAUAAUAAUACAUAAAUUGUGAUGUUUUACAUGAGUCACUCUGUAUAUAUAGAAACGAUACCUACUUCCUUCUUGGAGAGGAUUGCAACUAUGUGAAAUAAAUAGAAAUAGAUGGACAAAUAUAUAGUUAAUAAAUGGAAAUGUAUGAGAAUAUGAAAAAAAAAAAAACAAAACAAAAUUAUUUCAUUAAUAAUUAUAUUUAUUAAGUUAAUCUCAUUUAUCGUAUAAUAAUAUUUAUUUUAACGAGUCUCACGUACGAUCUCGAAACUAUUUCAUCUAUUUAUCUCUCUCUCUCUCUCUCUCUCUCUCUCUCUCUCUCUCUCUCUCUCUCUCUCUCCCUCUCUAUCUCUCCCUUUCUAUCUCCCUCUUUCGCUCUAUGAGUUCCUCUCCCCUUCUUCUUCCAUAUUCCUCUUCCUGGAUCUAUCUUCGUUUCCCCCCUCGAAAAUAACCUUUGACAAGCUGCAUGUAGUUUAGUACGUCGAUCGUCGCCCUCUCGCCUCGGAAUUAUACUGUUUCUCGGAACGUUUUACAUUUGCUUCAUUUUCGCGAGUGAAAGUUUGCUUAUCUUCUUCUUCUUCUUCUUCUUCUUCUUCCUCUUCUUCUUCUUCUUCUUCUUUUAUCGCCUUUUUUUUUCCUUUACUUUUCGCGCUUUUGUUCGAUCGAUCGAUCGAUCGAUCAUCAUCAUCAUUGUAUGAUUCACGAAUAAUAAAUUCAAACUUCCAUCGAACAAGAAACAAGGAGAAACGAUAUGCUAUUUUGGAAUUAAACAAAAAUCGUACGUUCAUCGUUCGUCGGACGCGUAAGAAACAAUAUACAAUAUUUUAAAAAUUUAUACAUGUCCUCCUCCCUUUUUUCUGUCGCUUACAAUACGUUCGUACAUUUUUAAAAACAAAAAAAAAGUGAUUAACGAUUCUGUAUUACACGAAUUAAUGUAAAAAAAAGAAAAAAAUUAGAUCUCAUUUAAAACAAUCAUUUAUAAUCUGAUUUUUAUUUUCUACUUGAAAGACGAUACAGUAUUUUAAGAAAAUUAUUUUUUUUAUAAAUACUUUAAAGAGAGAGAGAAAAAGAGAGAGAGAGAGAGAGAGAGAAAGAGAGAGAGAGAAUUAUGUAAGUAAAAAUAUUAUUGCUUUUACAUGGACGAGAGGAUACUUAUUUAGCUGUCAGAGAUCAUGCGUUCGAAUGAAGUCAAUUUAACAUCCUGGACGAAUGUUCUGACGUUGCAUCGAACUUCCUGUAAUGAGAGCCUUUACGACUGUGCCAUGAAAGAGUGCAUCGCCGCCGAAUCAAUCGAUUUAGAUCGAAUUUGUGCUGUCAUGGAAAAUGCAAUAAUACCGAUGACGAAUUUACUAUGCAGAUCAUGCAAUUACACCAAUUGUCAAGUGAACGUGUCAUUGAUUUUAAAUAAAUUGGAAACCAGCAUCGAGGGUAUCUUUUUAUCGAGGAUAACGAACUUCGAUGGCUGCGUUUCGAGCAGCAUCAAACCUGAGAUCCUGGACUGCUCCGAUCAAAGAAAUAUUGUCGAUAAUGACGAUAUAGAAUUGUAUUGUUCGCGAAAAUCAACAGUAGCCAUUCGUCGAACUGAUUGGAGAUUCCUUUUCGUCUCUGUUAUCAUAGUAAUAGCUGGUGGCUUAGGAAAUACUUUGGUUUGUUUAGCCGUUGUACUGGACAAAAGGCUUCACAAUUUAACCAACUAUUUUCUAUUAUCUCUCGCAAUUGCCGAUCUUCUCGUCAGUCUUUUCGUAAUGCCAAUGGGUGCUAUUCCUGGAUUUUUAGGACAGAUUUUAGGUUAUUGGCCGCUCGGCAUCGUCUGGUGUAACAUUUACGUGACCUGCGACGUUCUCGCAUGUUCUGCGAGCAUUAUGCACAUGUGUUUCAUUUCCGUGGGCAGAUAUGUAGGCAUUCGCAACCCAUUAAGAACGCGAAGGACCUAUACGAAACGUCUCGUUGUCCUUAAAAUAACAACCGUAUGGUUACUAGCUAUGCUGAUGUCCAGUUUUAUCACCGUAUUAGGCUUGAUCGAUCCGAAAAACAUAAUGCCGGAAACAACGACUUGCGCCAUUAAUAACAGAAUUUUUUUCAUCUUCGGAUCCUUAAUUGCAUUUUAUAUACCGACAAUCGUUAUGGUACUGUCUUACGUAUUGACUGUACAAUUACUUCGAAAGAGGGCGCGAUUUAUCGCGGAAACUUCAAACGACGAUCUAUCGCUUGGGAAAUUAAUUGGAAAAUUUGUUUCAACGAAAACUUCCUCGACCGAACGCGAAAAUACAAGAUCUCUUAAAUUGUUAAGUGGAAAAACAAAUGGAAAGAUACUAGCUGCAAAUGCGAUAGCUUCCAAACAGAAAGCCAGUAAAGUUCUUGGAUUGGUAUUCUUUACAUUUUUAAUUUGCUGGGCACCAUUCUUUGCAUUAAAUAUUAUAUUUGCCGUUUGUCCAAAUUGUUUUGUGCCGCGGCACAUAACAGACACAUUUUUAUGGUUGGGUUAUGCAUCUUCCACUAUAAAUCCUAUCAUUUACACGAUUUUCAACAAAACUUUUCGAGCUACGUUCGUACGUUUAUUGAAAUGCAAAUGGUUCAGAUAGUAAUUCUCAAUGAACUCUAGUAUUAUGUAUUUUAUUUUUUCUUACAUCUGUUUUUUGCUUUCCACUUAUAAUUUUUAUGUUCUAUACGAUAUAAACCAAAAGCACGUAUUAAAAUGCUAAAAGACAAUGAAUUAUUAUAAGGUACGAGUCUGUUACGAUAAAAAGAAAAAAAAUAAAAGAAAUAGACAAUAGUAAAAAAAAAGAUCUUUAAAAUUACAUCUAGCAAGCCUUAAAAUGGAUAGCAGAUUAAAUAUCAAUGAAAAAAAUCUAUUUGCAAUUUAUUUAUUUUUUGAGAGGCUAAGGGUGUCGUUUUUUUGUUUAAUAAUUUGCUCUAAUUUGCUCAAAAAUCAAAACAGUGUGUCAAAGUAAAAAUUACAUUGAUUACAAUUAGCAUAAUGUGUGCAUUAUAUCUGUGGUGCAUUUUCUAUCAUAUAUCCUAAGUGUCAUGUACUUGAACUAUUGAUCUUUUUUUAACAUAGUGAUAUUUAAAUAUUACACGUGAAGGAAGAUUUAAUAUUCUCAACUAAAAUACUCGUUAAAUAUUUAACAAAUAUGUUCGUGCGCAAAUAGUUAAUUAUGCAAUAACAUCUUCCCUUUAAUUUUUCUAUCUUUUCAUAUAUACAUAGGAUAAUAGGAAAUACAUCAUACAUUUUAUAAUUCACCUUCUGUAUCUUCGUUAUCAUUAACUUUAUAUUUUAUGUACUUUGGUACAAUUUACUUUUUAUUUUUUUUUUUUGUUUUUUGUUUUUUUUUAACAACAACUUCAUGAAGCAUUUCGUUUGUAAGUUAACAGUACAUAGUUACAGUAUUAUAAAUGUAAGGUGAUACAUAUAACUGGAAGUAACCCAAUAAAAAAUAUCGAAUGAUUUCAGUUAUACAUUUCACUCUG